CAAUAAACUAUCGUCCUCUUUUUCUUUCCGUCCUAUUUUCUCUCUCUCAUUCCUCCCUCUCUGUACUCGACGCCUUCACACGCUCACACCAUAGGCUUGACUCGGCCGCCACCACCGGCCACCCGAAUCCCAUCCUGCGAGCUCACCGGAGGAUCUAGGAGCUUCCCUCUCAAGGCAGGGCACCCUUACAAACUUAAGGGCUGUAAGGGCCGGAAUUGGGAAGGGGGAAAUUCGUGGCCGAAAUCCACAAUUUCAGAUAAUGGUGAUUGGUGGUUUCGGUUCUUAUGACGUGAUUGUUAGGAGUUUAUUGCUCAAAGUUUGGGAGUAUGGGAAGUCGUUCAUGCCGUUUAUGGAGGUUCUACAUAUGCCCGGAUGGCUUUCGAGUGGAUGAGGCUGAAACCCAAUGGAAAUGAUAUCCGUGGUGUCCUCUGAAUAUGUCAUUUUCAAGGCUUUGUAGAACAACCAAUCUCUUCUCUUACUAUAAGAAUUUACAAUGUACUUAUCCUAGGGCCAGGUGCAUGCCUAACAUUAUAGGCUGGUCGAGUUAUAAUUUCAUCGGAGCUAAUACUGCAUAUCAGAGGGGUUUCAGUUAUGAUAUCCGGGGUUUGAGUUUAAGAUGUGAGUUUAGUACAGGGUCAUUCAAUAAGUAUAGCCGGUUUUCACCUUUUGCUUCUGGGUAUAUUGGGAGGUCAUUUUCUUUGACCAAUAUUCAGCGCCACUAUGCCUCUCAAGCUUCCAGAAAACAGAAAUCACAGAAGAUGCUUUUAUACCUUACCGUUUUGGUAUUUGCUAUGGUGGGUAGUAGUUAUGCUGCUGUUCCUCUAUAUAGAAGGUUCUGCCAAGCUACUGGGUAUGGAGGCACCAUCCAGCGCCGUGAGAGUGUUGAAGAGAAGAUAGCCCGGCAUGCUAAAGAUGGAACCAUUACUGCAAGGGAGAUUGUGGUGCAAUUCAAUGCUGAUGUGGCUGAUGGAAUCCCAUGGAAGUUUAUUCCCACACAAAGAGAGGUAAGAGUCAAGCCUGGAGAAAGUGCCCUUGCAUUUUACACUGCUGAAAAUCGAAGUUCAACUCCAAUAACUGGUGUUUCUACUUAUAACGUCACCCCCAUGAAGGCUGCAGUUUACUUCAACAAAAUACAAUGCUUUUGCUUUGAGGAGCAACGCCUUCUUCCGGGGGAGCAGAUUGACAUGCCUGUAUUCUUCUAUAUUGAUCCCGAGUUUGACACAGAUCCUAGAAUGGAUGGUAUCAAUAACAUAAUUUUAUCAUAUACAUUUUUCAAGGUUUCUGAGGAAUGAAAGGGAACCUUCUAUUGCAGCUUUGCUAUUUUCCUAAGAUCACCAAAAGGGGUGGCCAGACUUCUGUAUUAAAGGAAGAUGGCAAACAAAUAUAAUAAAUAUCAAUUUUUGGAUA